AGCGUAUAUUUUCAAUGAAGCGUUUAAAAGACUUAGAUUGUUUACAGAUGUACUUUGUAAUCAGUCUGAUAAUGAUGAGGUAAUAUAUCUAUCGGUAGCAUUUUACUUCUCAUUUAUCUUAUUAUCUAAAGACUAGGUCACAGUCACUGAAUCAGCAGAAACUAUAGAUUACAAGAUUCUGAUGUACUAUAGAAUGCAUGAUGUGUAUCAGUGGUCAUUCUGAUAAUGCUAGAUUUGGUCACCAGUCGUGCUAUACCAAUACCGAGGAUUAAUAGUCAACAGUCGUGCUAUACCAAUACUGAGGAUUAAUCGUCAACAAUCGUGCUAUACCAAUACCGAAGAUUAAUCAUCAACAGUCGUGCUAUACCAAUACCGAGGAUUAAUAGUCAGCACUAUGAAGGGAGUUGAAAUCACCUGUACCAGUUAGACACUUCAUCAGUGGUUGACCUACUUUUAUCUCAGGAGAGAAAACAAUGUGUGAUUCAGAGAAAGAGGAGGUGACUCCUCCUCAGGAAUUCAUGGGAGGUAAAAACGAAAUCGACAGUGAAGGGAACAGGGAAAAUUCGGAGGUGAUUUCUUGUGAGGAGGGUGGGGAGGACCCCCAGGGCGGGGGGUCAGUAGAGUCCGAGGACAGCAGUGAGGGGACAGUGGUGACAAAAGUCAAAUACAGAACUUGGCAGAGCACCAGUUCAGAAAGCUGGGAAUCAGGAAACGUUAUCUCUCGAGUCGAGGCUGAGGAGCUAGAAAACGAGGCAUUGAAAAGAACUGCAGAGGAGGAGGAGGAGGAUGGGGAGAAGAAGGGUGAAAGGACAUCAAAAGGGACAUUGUCACGGCCAGAGAGCUUAAUCUUACCUAGGCCACUUCAACAGUACGAGAAAAAACGGAGUCAGAGUGAUGGGGUAGCUAUUGAUUGCUAUAACAAUUUGGCCCAUAUUCCUAGCAGUGGUAAAGACUCCGAGUUUGAGAACAUUGAAGAGACUAUGUUAUCCAAGAGCAUGCCUCAUGGAGUUGUCAUGAAGAAGGGGGAGCUGUUUGAGUUUGUAGCUGAUGACUUACAAGAGAAAAUCAGACAGAGUAGCCCUCUACCUAAAACCGAAUCCAGUGGACUGAGCAGUAGGACAUCCAGUUCGCGGAGCAUUGCCAGCGUGUCCAGUGGGAACUCCUCUGCCAUGGGAACUUCUAUGGUCUCCGAAAUGUCAAGGUCACCAAGCUCUCAGUUUCCACAGAGCCCCAUUGACAUUCCACCGAUUGACCCCAUGGCAGUUAUGGAACUGGAAAUGGCAGCUAAACAUGUGGCAGAUAGUGUAGACCUCUUAAUGGGGAACCUGAAGUCAAAUCUUCACAAGAUGUCAGCCAUAACGGUUGGUUGCUUAGAUGCCUAUAAGAAAUCGGUGGACAUGACGUGCGACUCCGUGGACAGCAGUAUUAAGUCAAUGUAUGCCCUAAUGGCCAAGUGUGAGGAACUGAGCAACAACAUGAAGCCCGUGUACCAGCUAGCAAACCAAAUAAAGGAAAUCAAGAGACUUCUGGACAGGUUUGAAUCCCAGCUUUCUGAAAAGUCCUCCAAAACAAAGACAGGAUAAUUCCCGGGUGUAAACAGGACUGUGUAUUCCAGACCAUGUUCCACUCGGAUAAUGCAUUCCAGGCUUUCAAGGAUUCGUAGGACGAAUUCUCCCGAUAUCUAGUCUCAGAGAGUUUACCGUUGUCAAAUUUAAACUUUGUUAAGGCUGCAUGUCAGAUACAUAUCUAAUACUUUUAUGUCGUGCAGUGUUACGUAUGACAUUUUUCCUUGUGAUAUUUAAACAUCGGUAAUUUAUCUCUUUUAUAAUAUUGGGUCCUUGUGAUAUUAUGUCAGUAAUUUAUCUCUUAUGAAAUACUGGGUCCAUGUGCAAUCUACAUCAGGAAAUUGUGUCAGUCAUUUCACAUUAGUCAUUAAUCAAUUGUUAAUGUGUGAAUCUAAAACUGGGCAAAUUUAAAUUUGAAAAUACAUUGUAAUGCUCUAAAAUAACAAAUUUGCCUUUGGGUAGAUUUGAAAUAGUACAAAAUAAUUUUUCAAUACAUUGGGGCAAAAAAUUCUGAAUUCCUGUAUACAAUUGUUAUUCACACUAUGUGUAUUGUGUCUUACACUUGUACAAUCCGAUAUCAUGUGCAAUAUGUACUUAAAUCAAAUGUACGUUCAAGUACAGAACUGUGAAUACUACAGCAGUGAUGUAUCGUUGUUUUAAGCAGAUGUUGUGGCACGAAGUGUGACUGGUGAAGACAUACUCAGUUAUUUGUAAAGUUACUCAUCACUAUUGUCCCUUGCAACUAACAAAUACUGAAAAUAAACACAUAGACAAAAUGUA